UGGAGUUUUCACCACUGGAGCUUUUUUCAGAGGUGAUUUUGUUCUUGAAUACAGAGGUGAACUUCUGAGUUCACAGGAGAGUCUGGACCGAACUGGACACUACACUGAAGCUGAGAACACGUUCCUGUUUGAUUUUCAGUGGCAUGGCAAAAAUUGGUGCAUGGAUGCAUCUAAAGAAGACUCGUCUUUGGGAAGACUUGCAAACGAUGAGACCAGAAAUCCUACUUGCAAAAUGAGAACCGUUGAAGUGAGCAGAAAACCUCACCUGUGUCUGUUUGCUGUACGAGACAUUCUACCAGGAGAGGAAAUCACUUACAAUUAUGGAGACUCAGAUUGGCCAUGGCGAGUCAAGCCUUUGAAUAAAGCAUCAGCAGAAUCCACUGAUAAAACGAGAGCCAGCAGUUUGCGCCUGCAUAAAUCCCCCCAUUGUGCAGCUUCUGUUUCCUCUCCUGAACUGGACAAGGUAAACAGCAAUGGUCCUCAUAAGCAGUCAGGCAAAGCAAGAACAUCAAGGAAUAAAACGAAGCAGUUCCAAUCAAGACUGUUACAGUCAUCCUCAGUCGCAUCCACAUCUGAUGCACCCUCUUCAUCGGCACCCUGUGCUUUGUUCACCUCUAUAAUGGCCUUAUCAACCUCAUGCCCUCCUGCCCUGUCCUCAUCACCGUCAACACCACCUGCGCCACCCACGUCACCUUCAACCUCGCCUGCGCAGCCUUCAUCACCUUCUCAUGUGCAGCCCUCAUCAUCCUCAUCCUCGCCUGCGCAGCCUUCAUCACCUUCUCAUGUGCAGCCCUCAUCGCCUUCUCAUGUGCAGCCCUCAUCAUCCUCAUCCUCGCCUGCGCAGCCUUCAUCACCUUCUCAUGUGCAGCCCUCAUCGCCUUCUCAUGUCCAGCCCUCAUCAUCCUCAUCCUCACCUGCGCAGCCUUCAUCACCUUCUCAUGUGCAGCCUUCAUCACCUUCUCAUGUGCAGCCCUCAUCAUCCUCAUCCUCGCCUGCGCAGCCCUCAUCACCUUCUCAUGUGCAGCCCUCAUCAUCCUCGCCUGCGCAGCCUUCAUCACCUUCUCAUGUGCAGCCCUCAUCAUCCUCAUCCUCGCCUGCGCAGCCUUCAUCACCUUCUCAUGUGCAGCCCUCAUCAUCCUCAUCCUCGCCUGCGCAGCCCUCAUCACCUUCUCAUGUGCAGCCCUCAUCGCCUUCUCAUGUGCAGCCCUCAUCGUCCUCAUCCUCGCCUGCGCAGCCCUCAUCACCUUCUCAUGUGCAGCCCUCAUCAUCCUCAUCUUCUCCUGCUCCACCCUUAUCUUCACCUUGUGCUGCAUCAACACCUGUGGUUCACUCAUCACAGGCGUCUGAGACCCUCUCAUUAAGGAAGAUAUCCUCUUUAAGGCCAUCAAGAAAAAGACAGUAUUCAGGAAGUGCCGUCUGUGAUACAGACUACAGCGAUGUCACCGACUACAGCGAUGUUGACUAUAUACCAAAAAUCAGCUCAGAUGAUUCAGAUGGUAGUUCUUCUGGACAUGACAUGGUCAAAAGUGCUUUGAUACAUCCAACAUCUCCCAAAGAGGCAGAUGAAAUGCCAAUCUAA